CAUGGCUGCUCAUCAGAAGCAGACCAGCAGCGGCGGCGGUCAUACACCUCGUAAGAAAGUUCAGGUAUCCUACGUCAUCAGAGAUGCGGUUGAGAGGCAACACCGAUCUGGUGUCAACUCUCUCCAGUAUGACCCCUACCUUAACAGACUGUACUCUGCAGGCCGCGACUCAGUCAUCCGCAUCUGGAACACGCGCAAUCUGGAGGACCCCUACAUUCAAUCUAUGGAGCAUCAUACAGAUUGGGUCAAUGAUGUUGUGCUCUGUUGCGGCGGCAAAAACUUGAUAUCCGCCUCUAGUGACACAACUGUCAAGGUCUGGAACGCUUAUAAAGGUUUCUGCAUGUCCACACUCCGUACGCACAAGGAUUAUGUGAAAGCCCUAGCCUAUGCGAAAGACAGAGAACGAGUUGCUUCAGCAGGUCUUGAUCGAGUAAUCUUCCUCUGGGAUGUCAAUGUCCUGACCGCCCUAACUGCGUCCAACAACACGGUGACCACAUCUUCACUGACAGACAACAAGGACAGCAUCUACAGCCUGGCGAUGAACCCACCAGGCACGGUGAUUGUUUCAGGAUCAACUGAGAAAGUGAUACGGGUUUGGGACCCCAGGACAUGCCAGAAGAUGCCGAAACUCAAGGGUCAUACAGACAAUGUCAAAGCACUUGUUCUCAAUCGAGAGGGCACACAGUGCCUGUCUGGUAGCUCAGAUGGGACGAUACGGCUAUGGUCACUUGGGCAGCAGCGGUGUGUGGCCACGAUACGAGUUCAUGACGAAGGUGUUUGGGCACUACAAGUGAAUGAAAGCUUCACAACGGUGUUUUCCGGUGGUCGGGAUCGCAAGAUAUUUAUGACUGACUUGAGGAACCCCGACAAUCGUGCACUUGUCUGCGAGGAGACCGCACCAGUUCUCAAAAUGACACUCUGCAAUGAUACUUCAUCCUUAUGGGUUGCCACUACUGACUCUACCAUCAAAAACUGGCCUGUGAACAACCGGUGCUCGCAGCUGGAUGACUACGACACUGACAUACUGGUUCCUCUCAGCCAGAAGCCACAGGAAAGCAUAAAAGGCAAUCCCAGCAUCAGGCAUUAUGCAGUCCUCAAUGACAAACGCUACAUUAUUACCAAGGACACGGCUGGCCACGUAGCUGUGUGGGACGUCCUACAUGCCUGUAAAGUAGAAGACCUUGGUGCGGCUGACUUUGAAGCGGAGGUGAAGAAGCGGUUCAAGAUGGUCUUCGUUCCAAACUGGUUUUCGGUUGACCUCAAGAUGGGCAUGUUGUGCCUUCACCUGGAUGACCCAGACUGUUUUACAGCCUGGGUUUCCACCAAGGAAGCUGGCUUGGGCCCCCCUGAAGGCCCUGAUCCAAAAAUCAACCUUGGAGCCCUCGUUCUUCAGGCUUUACUCGAGCACUGGCCACCAUCUUACCUUCCUCCAGAUCGACCUGAGAAUGGCACAGUUGUCUCCCCUACCAUGAAUGGCGGUGACAGGCAAAAGCCUGGCAACAUGUACUUCAGCAUGCCAGAUCAUACGCCAGUGACUUUCAGUGAGGUUGGAGGCCGAACACUUCUCAGGUUCCUGGUGGGAGACGCCGGACGUGAUGCGGAGGAGCUGCUGAUUAGUGAGACCAUUCCAUCCUGGGUGCAUGAUGUAGUGGUGUCUAAAAACGUGCCCCGGUUUCCCAAGAUCCCAUUUUCGCUGCUUCCACACAUUACGUCGGGUGUGAAACCACUUCGAAGCUCCGACUGCUAUGCAUCGUUACCGAGGCCUCAAACUUCGGCACAUGCUCGGAGGGAGCGCCUGUCGGCGAGUGACAUGAUACAGGUGCGCAAGGUGAUUGAGCAUGUCUACGAGAAGAUUAUGGGAGCAGGGUCAGACUCAAGUUCACAGACUCAAGACAGGAGUGGUGACUCCAACGGCACUACUGGCGCUGCCACGGACGAUGAGCGAGCUUCUAUUGCUGAGGAGAAGGUUGAACUACUGUGCCAAGACCAGGUGCUGGAUCCAUCUAUGGACCUGCGAACAGUUCGCCACUUCAUAUGGAAAAGCGGUGCAGACCUGGUGCUUCACUAUCGGCCAAUUAAGUGACACCGGCCGAUGGCGUGGAGCCUCCUCCUCCGCAAAAGCUGCCACCGUGCCGUCGGCACCAUGUUUCUGUGAUAGCCACCACUUCGCUUGGACCACAGGGCCCUAGCUGCCUCCUUCCUGUUCCGCCACCAUUUCUCUGCACGCGGCCCCCUCCCGCUCGUGGGAAGUGGUCGUUUGCUCCCUAGGUGCCCUACCACGCGUCACCAUCGACGUCAUGCCUUCAUCUUCGCCUCCUGCUUCUACAACAAACCUUCUGCUGCGUUUUAUACAGAAACAGCGACGUUGCGGCUUUUUUUUUUUUUUUCCCCUCGUUACCGACACCUUGACAUGACCGAGCCUGUACAUCAAAUGUGUGGCUUUGGUGUCUUACAGCCUUCAGAGCGAGUAGUAGAGAACUUUGAAUGCAAGUACACUUUUCAGGAGUUCAUGUGCUGAUGUAGGUAGCACUGGAAGCAGCUUCUCGUUCAUUUUCUCAGUUUUGGCAGUAGGGAGUAACCUGACUGGCAAUUUGAUUAGUCCAGUGUCACUGUUUCAUAGUGUGCCUGCACACAUUGUGCGGCAUGUUCUGCACUCCUAGUCAUUAAUCAGUGGGGAAGGUGAAAGAUCAGUCCAGCAUAAUGUUGUCUUGGAGUUUCGACCUGAUACUUUACGCCAGAAGAUUGCCAAGUGAGCUCACUCUUCACAAAAAUAGGUUUUUAUUAAUUAAUAAUUGGUGUACUCGUUCAAUUAUCCAUCUGAUAAAUUGUGCUUUUUUGCUUGGUGAAACUAUGGCAAGAAAGUUUUAUUUUAACAUGUUUUAAAGUUUAUCAGAACUGGAAACAAGUUUUAUAUGUUUUUUUCACCUACCACAAACAGCAUUAGUUCAGACUCGUUUUAUUUAAAUGCUCUUAUAUCUCUGCACAAUCAGUUGCUAUUGCUGUUUCUGUGGCAUCUGUUAAGCAAUCAACCGCAGUUGUAAUUUCCAUGCAGGCCCUACUGCCAAGGAUCUUCUGCAAGUAGUGUAAUUGCUGCAUUGCUACUUGGUGCUGUCUCAUGUGUGUGUGUGUUACUGCAGAAGUCUUAAGCUUUGAAAGCUGUUCUUUUAGUUGGCUGUGUGUUGCUUGACUGACAGCAGCACAGCACAAACAGGCCCAUUAGCAAACGUUGACAUUGUGCUCGAUCCUUCGAGAGUAGGUGUUACGUGUUGCAAACACUUUUUUAAUCUUUUGUACAAUACUGAAACUGGUGGUAACUUUAAAAGUACCGAAAGCGCCACGGUCGAGCUGCCACUUUGGAAAUAAAAACUUUGCUGAAAGGGUUGCCUGAUCUUGCUGUGUUAACUUGAAUGAAAAGUUACUAGAGAGUUGUUAGGCUGAAGGACAUGACUGAAUGGGACCAUUGUGAUAUACAGUGUUCUUGGAUGUGAAUAGCCCAUAAUGAUAGCGAAUAGGGGAACGCGGAUGUGUGCAGAAUGCUAUUUAUUUUCAUUGUAGUCUCUGAUUUAUAAAAAAGAAAGAGUGCUGUUAUGUUGUUAAUGGCUCAUAAUAGGCAGCACACUCUUUAAUAUUACUGGAAACUGUAUUUUAAUUGUAAGGCUACUUUUUGUUCAGCAUGAACUCGUACCAAUAGUUGAUGACUGACCACAAUGUGUGAACUGUUUGUGACUUGGCAUACAAUAUGAAUAACAAGCAAAAUAUUCAUAUAGCACGCCAUCAAGUGCAAUCAUGCGAGUCUGAUGCAGUUCAGGUUAUGUGUGUUUCAUGGGUGUCUUGAUUAUGGCGACGGAUCCCAAUGUGGUUUGAAAUAUUAGUGUUUCCGUUAGUUUCUAAAUUUGCUGGAAAACAUUUUCGAUAUAUUCACAACCCUGAAUUGGCUUGCCAGAGGCACAGUAAUUUGCAUCAAGAUUUGUGAUCAUUAUUGAGAAUAUUGAAUGUUUGUACUGGCACUGUAUGUAGUAGCAUCGUUUGUGACAGCCUUCUAUGCUAUGCGUAAUAGCACACUUCUUUUCGCCACAUUUUGCCACCGAGUAUGGCCAUAUAAGUCCUAUUCUUUAGCUGUGAAGCUCCUUAGAUGCAAUGCGUUGCCAUGUAUGUGUGCAUGCUUUUGCAAUUUGAGGUGUGCCACAGCUUUAUGAAGAAACACUGUUAUCCAUUGAUAAUUAACUUUUAAGUCAUGUUACGAGAAUGAGUGCCCUGCCUGUGGUCAAGACAAAGCUAGAGAUUUUAGUUGCCACCUUUUUGCGUUCAAUGAUUGUGUCACCGAAUGCCGAGUGUUUUAAAGGCAAAGGUUUCAUGCGAGUUCCGGUGCUAUCCUUUAGUCAUGCUACGAAAUAGAAAUUACAUGCAUGCGUGAAGAGGUACUGGCUGUGAAGUGGCCACCGCAGUCACUUUUAAACAAGAAAUACAUAAUCUACUUCUCAGUUCAGCCUAAUUGAUGCAUUUUCACAGUUUGUAAUUUUUUUGUUGGCUUCAGAACUAAAAACAUCUUGUAUGUUGCUGUUUGUACUUGUAGCCACUUGUUAUUAAUGAAAACAGCUGGUAUGCAAUGGCAGUUGUAGAUUUGCUGCUAGUUGCUAUCCUGGAUGAUGGACACAAAAACAAAAUCAAGGUGGGAGCCGACAGAUGGAAGCAACGUAGUGGGAUAAUCAGGGUGAACAGUGGACACAAGAAUAAACAUGGCAGUGCCCGCAAACAUGUUUCUUUGAUCAGUUUGGCUGGUUGGACUAGUUGGCUAUUAGGUUGGCUAGUAGGUUGGGCUUGCACGGUUAUUGUGAAACAGGGCAUGAACAGAGUACUAACUUGGCACCUGUUAUGUCUACCUUUUCAUUGUCCUCAUUGUUUUGUUUUUUUUAGCUCUGUUUACCGAUCGCAGUGUCUCAGUGUCUUUUUUCCUUGUCCUUUGUGCGCUCCCGCCCAGGAAAUGUACUCCUAUCUUGCCCAUGUAGCUUGAACUCUUCCUAUUUCAAGUUUACUGAUUUUGCCUGCCUUCCAGUCAGUGGCCAAAAUUGGCAUACUUUUGUAUAGCCUUUUGAAUAUCUUUAUCAGGCUAUUGAAAAGUGCAGAUAUAUAUUUGAGGCUCGUGGUCUCUAGUGCGUCAGGCGGUAUUCCAUAGAAAUUUAAUGUAUUUGAAAAAUAAGUAUAGUGUGAUUGGUUAGUCUACGAAAUGCUGAUAUUAAGUUAGGUUCACGUGUGCAAAUUGGGCACAUUUUUAAUACCUUAAUCACUGGACCUUAUGCAAAACAUUACAGGCACACUUUUCCAUGUGGCUGAAAUGCCACCACUAAAGCAAUAGAUUUCGCACUUAAAAAAAGUAGGUGAUGACCCUGCUAGCCUAGAGAGAGAACCAGAAAAGCUACAUCUCAGAGUUGGUUUCAAACCUUGCGUCCGCUUUAUUUGUCGGUACCAAAACUGCACAGCUGUUAUUUUCUAUGCGUGAAUACAGAUGCUAAUGAUAAAAGCAUAAAGGUUCUAAGCUGUAUUCUAAGCUUCUUUGAGUAAAACGAGCAGAUUUCACUUCACAAUUGUCCGAUAGCAUCCUUAAAACAGCUCGUGCAGUUUUGCAUACCUCCUCGUCAAGAGGGAUCUCCCAUUGUGAAAGCAAAACUUCACCAGAAAAAAAAAAUACUGAUCAUUUUUGUUUAUUAACUUGGAACUCUCCUCUGGACUCACUUGUUCGACUUAAGUGAGUUCUGAACAGAGAUCCAAAUGCAAUUUAGUGUGGUUGCGUGUCAGAUCCGUUAAAUCAAUCCAACAGUACAAAUGAUAAUGAUAAGAAAUGCCCCUAACAUUUUGGAAUACCUUUGAGAAGUCCACACAAUAAGUUCCAUUAUUUACUUGCCUCUGCAUGUUUGUUGAUGUAAACAAGGAAGGGUAUGUGAAAGAAUGACUGCGUUAGUGCCUGCAGAGUCUGCAGCAUGUGGUUCGAGCUGUCUUGUGCACUGGUUCCUCUUUGCGCUGCUGAAUUGUGUCCAACUCCGAGAUGCAGAACUGCCAUAUGCCUGCUGGACUGAUUGCUAAUGUCAGACUUGUUGUGGCCGUACUGUUUAAGUGUUUGUGGUUUACUGCCAAAGUUACUUGUGGAAAUUUCUUGUACAGGUUUGAGUUUAGCAAGUUGAGUUGAGUUUCUUGAAGUAAUACUUUCUGUGAGAGCAUGUUUUUGCUGUACAGGGUGUCAGACCAUGUGUACAGGCUGAGUCUUCAGGAUUGCUUGAGAACUGCGUGCUUGACAGUAUAUUUCCGACAUGAGUGUAUGCCAAAUUGUGCAACCUAUUUUAUAAUAUAUGAAAGGGAGCUAGAUUAUGCAAUGUCUACUGUAUGUAAGGCAGCUGAUUUGUGCAAUGUGUGCUGUGUUACCCGGGUGUUUUGUCACAGCCGUUUUGUUAGUCGUGCAGUUUGUUCAUCCGUACUUUAUUAUUGUGCGUAUGUGCAUUGAUCCUGUUCUCCAAGUGCUGCCCAACUUCUGUAUUCAUUGACAUAACUCCUGAAGCGGAGUUUUCUCAAUCUUGUGCGGCUUGUACAACAAUCAUGUUACUCAGUAUUUCUUGGUUCCAUUGUUUAUUAAGGGUCUAAUGAUGUCUGCCACUGCAAAAUUGUCCUGUGCAUGCAAUUCUACAAACGUGCAAGUGCAGUCUCUGGCCAUUGUGCUAGUCAGCCAUUCACCACUAUGUACACCCCCUGAAUGAACAUAUAGUAUUGAGCUAAUGUUCUUAAUUUCUUAAUGACAGGUCAAAUACUGGCCUAAUUGGCCCACUAAAUCAAAUAAAUCAAAUAGUCACUAUUCAUAGAUUCAAAUGUUCUUCAAAUAGAUUACCGAUAGGUCAAUUAAACAUACAUACAGAGUGGAGGGGGCAUAAGUGUUAUGCCUGCGGGCAUGAGUUGUGCCUACAGGCAUGAGGAGGCAUGCUGUAUGUAUGACAUUCAAAAGAUCCGGCAGGCUGGAAUAUCAACGGCUGUCUUGUCUAUGCACCUAAUUGCUAUCAACGGCUGUCUUGUCUAUGCACCUAAUUGCUAGCUCAGCAUCAUCAGUGACAAUACCGAUAAAGCAUUCUUGGAACUUUCUGAUUUAUUUAUUGUGCCAUUUGCAGGUAAACGGUAAGCUGUCAUCAAUUAAGAGCUUCGGAGCACUAGGCUCCACUAAAAUAGUGCCUGUUACAAGCUGUCCUUACUUUGCGUUUUCUGACACUGCACUAGCAUUGACAGUGAUGUGCACACGCUGCAUACACCAAUAGUGGUGAAUGAAUGGCAGGGCGGCACUAAGGUCGCAGGCACCUUUAGUUGCAGAGCUAUGCAUGCAAGUUUAUCAAACAUGUGCAAGUGGCAGUUGGUUGCACAAAGCAUGAAAUUUGUUAAUGGGUGAUUGCACCGGAAGGAUGUAAUACAUAUAAAACUCCAGUGUAAAAAGGAACAUCUAAUAAUGUUUAAAUUAUUAUUACAAAAGUAUGAAUUUUCACGAAUGUAACUUGUUCUUGUGUUUGUGAAUAUGGCUGGCAAUUCAUUUCGCAGCAAGAAAAAGACUUGAGAGCCACACCAAGCGUUCCUUUUUAUAUGGGUGACUGUGUUCAUCCUUGUAUGUGUGCCGUGGGAUGCACUUACUGCAGCCAUCCAAGGAAUGGAAAAUUUUUGUGACUUAUGUGCAAGGGGCGUGUCAAAGGUUUGGUCACAGCUUUAUCAUGUCAUGUUACUAGUCAAAGCAGGCGCAAAAUAAUGAGAACUGUGCUGUUUUGUGUUGACGGUACAUGUGUCGUCAUUUCUAGCAGCGCCUGUAUUUGCUUGGAAAUUAAAUAAGAUUUUAGUUUUU